CCCUGUCAAUAAUCCCGAAUCCAGACUCUCUCUAUUUCCAUCCCUCUCUAUCUGUCAAUCAGCGCCGCCUUUGAACUGAAAACCACUCCGACCAACUUCAACUCUCUCAAUCCGAGCACCGCGGCUCCUUCUCCGGCUUGCCCUUUUCCGCCGAGAGCCCCCUUUUUCUUUUUUGGGACUUUUUUUUUUUUUAAUGUGGGACCGCGAACGCCACACGUUGCGUGUGUGUGCGUGUUAUUUUUUUUUAACCGGAGGGGGGGAAACGCCAGCAACGACACCCCCGAAGUCGCGGAAAGUGGGACUUUUUCGACGGCGAGGGCUCCUUUUUUCAAAAUAGAAAAAGUUUCUCCUUUUGGAGAUAUUCCCCCCACCCCCCCGGCACCGCUACCGAGAGCAGCAGCAGCAGCAGCAAGCUAGCCGCCUUCAGUGAAGCUCGUGGGGGGGAAAAAACAACAAAAAAAAGCAAGCAGGGCGAGAAAAUGCCGCAACUUAACGGCGGUGGAGGGGACGACCUGGGCGCCAACGACGAGAUGAUCUCGUUCAAAGACGAAGGCGAGCAGGAGGAGAAAAUCUCGGAGAACUCGUCGGCCGAAAGGGAUUUAGCGGACGUCAAGUCGUCGCUCGUCAACGAGUCGGAAACAAAUCAGAACAGCUCGUCCGACUCGGAGGCGGAGAGACGGCCUCCGCCUCGGUCUGAAACUUUCAGAGACAAAACGCGAGAAAGUUUAGAGGAGGCAGCGAAAAGGCAAGAUGGAGGGCUGUUCAAGAGCCCACCGUACCCGGGCUAUCCGUUUAUUAUGAUCCCCGAUCUCACCAGCCCCUACCUCCCCAACGGAUCACUUUCUCCCACAGCGCGCACAUACCUACAGAUGAAAUGGCCCCUGCUAGAUGUUCAACCAGGAGGUCUUCAAAGUAGACAAGCACUUAAAGAUGCCAGGUCCCCGUCACCGGCACACAUCGUUGGGCCCUUCUGCUGGGAAUUCCCUGGACAGUCAGAUCUGAGCCUUCACCAAUUUCAUUUGUCGAAUAAGGUUCCAGUGGUUCAGCACCCUCACCACGUGCACCCUCUCACACCGCUGAUCACGUACAGCAAUGAGCACUUCACACCGGGGAACCCACCACCACACCUACAGACAGACGUCGACCCCAAAACAGGAAUUCCAAGGCCUCCGCAUCCCCCGGAUAUUUCUCCUUAUUAUCCGCUGUCACCUGGCGCUGUCGGCCAGAUCCCCCAUCCCCUAGGAUGGUUAGUACCACAGCAAGGUCAACCUGUUUAUCCAAUCACAACAGGGGGUUUUAGACACCCCUACCCAACUGCGCUCACUGUCAACGCAUCCAUGUCAAGUCUUCUGUCCUCUAGAUUUCCCCCACACAUGGUGCCCCCCCACCACGGUUUGCACACCACGGGCAUCCCGCACCCGGCCAUCGUCACGCCCAACGUCAAGCAGGAAUCCUCCCACAGCGACAUCAGCUCCCUCAACAGUUCGAAACAGUCAGAUGCUAAAAAGGAGGAGGAGAAGAAGAAGCAGGUGCACAUAAAGAAGCCGUUGAACGCCUUCAUGCUGUACAUGAAGGAGAUGCGAGCCAAGGUGGUGGCCGAAUGCACGCUGAAGGAGAGCGCCGCCAUCAACCAGAUUCUGGGCCGGAGGUGGCACGCGCUAUCGAGGGAGGAACAGGCCAAGUACUAUGAGCUGGCCAGGAAAGAACGACAGCUCCACAUGCAGCUGUACCCCGGCUGGUCGGCCCGAGACAACUAUGCGGCUAACCAACAGGGGAAAAGGAAGAAGAGAAAAAGGGAAAAGCAGCAAGCGGAGAGCAACGAACACAGAGAAUAUUUUCCAAACCCUUGCCUUUCACUCCCUCCGAUUACAGACCUGAGCGCUCCUAAGAAGUGUCGAGCGCGCUUUGGGCUCGAUCAACAGAAUAACUGGUGUGGCCCGUGCAGGAGGAAAAAAAAGUGCAUUCGCUACAUCCAAGGUGAAGGCAGCUGCGCCAGUCCUCCCUCCUCGGACGGAAGCUUCCCAGACUCCCCCCCGUCCUCGCCCUCCUCCGUGGUCCCGUCCCCCUCGCCAAAAGAGUCCAAACCUCAGACUGAACAAAUGCAACCUCUCUCACUGACUAUGAAACCCGCCCACCAGCCGCUCCUCCCUCACCCGCACCUCCUGGCCGUGCCGCCGGAACACGUCACGGCGGCGAGCCGGAAAACGCCGGCCCCGGAACCCGGCGACAUCCCACCCUCGCGGCUACCGGGCCCCUCGGUGGUGUCCCCCGUGGCCCGGCCCUCGCCACUGCUGUGUCAUUCCCACUCGCUGCAGCCUCUGUCGCUUGUGACCAAGUCUAUAGAGUAGUGGUCGGACCUUCUCCUUCUUUCGUUUUUCUAGUCGCCACUAGCUAUUGUUCUGUUUUGAAGUUCAUUGGUCAAUAUUUGACCCGCCGAGGAACCGUCGAAUUGUCCUAAAGAAUUUAAACCAGGAGCUGUAGUCCAGCUCGAUAAAACUUUUUCUUUUUCGGAAAUCCUUUUUUGUUUCCUACAAACGUUGAUCGGAGGCAACUGGACUUGUUUUGGUUUGCUGGAGAUGUUUUCAAAUUUGAUCCAAAAGGCUUCUUCGGUCAAAUGUAGAAGUGAAGAAGCCAGGUCAUCCACGUCCUGGUAAUCUGCAAAAGUUGAAUCAAAGCAACAUGACUCUCCUUGGUUGUUACAAGACGUUUUCAAUAAUAAUCCUUUAGGCUUCUGGAGUCAAGGUAAAAAUGUCUUCGACAACCAAGAAUAUUCUUUUUUGUUAAUGUUUUCACCUUUAAUGCAGACCUUUUCUUCAGUUCGAGGUUUAGAAUUGAAGAAGCUCUACCGAGAGUCAAUCUGCCUCCCUUCAGCUUUUGGUUAUUGCAGAUGUUCACCUUCUAUCCAAAAUGCUUCUUCAGUUAAAUUUUAAACUGAAGACACCAAGUCAACCAGGUCAUGGUAAUCCACAAAAGAACUCUGGACUCAACUGAAAUUUAACUUGGUUGUUGAAGAUGUUUCCACAUUUAAUCCAAAAGGCUUCUUCGGUUCUAAAUCUGACUAAAGAAGCCUUUUGGAAUAAACGGGAAAAUGUUUAAGUUCCAGUUUCCUCCAAAAGGCUUCUUCAUCAAAUUUAGAAUUGAAGAAGUCAGGUCAUCCGGGUCAUGGUCAUCGGCAAAAGUUGAAUUGAAGCAAUUGGACUCUUCUUGGUUGUUGAAGACUUCAGUUCUAAAUAUGAGUGAAGCAGUAUUUUAGUUUAAAGGUGAAAACCUCUUCCACAACCGAGAAGAUUCCAGUUGCUGCAACUCUUGUGGGUGAUCGUGACCUGGAUGACUUGCUAUCUACAGACAUGUCUUUUUUUUCCAGCUUUCGUGUUUUUGUUUUUUGUUUUUUUUCUUCGAACAACAGCGGACACAACAAGCUAAAGGCUAGCGUUGGUUCUCCUUCUUUAUUUGUAUUAAAUACGAGCUUGCGAACCAAUCACACCCUUUCACACAGCGCACGAGGGCGAGAGGCUAGUGGCGACCGCGCACCGAGGAACAACUUUGAAUUGUGAUGUUACUUGUUCUUGUUGAAAUGUACAGAAUAAAACAAAACGGGGUUUGGGGCGAAGGGGAGGGAGGGACGGGCUGGUCGGGUCGGGGAUAUUGUUAAUUAUGCAUUCUUCCACUGCUUUUUCUUUGUUUACCUUUCGGGGUGGGCGGGUGUUCAAGGGAUCGUUGGAUUGAAAAUGUCACCACGCUAGGACCAGUAGUAUUUAUUGCUUUAGAGAUUUUGCUCGUUGUAUCUUGUGCGUGUCUCUUUUUUGACCUUUGAGUUCCUUUUUCUUAAAAAAAAAUGUUGUACAAAUAUUUUUUCUUAAGGUAAGCGACAUAUAUAUAUAUAUAUAUAUAUAGAUAUAUAUAUAUAUAUAUAUACAUACACGAACAAUCCAUUUUUACAAGGUUUUAAAAGGCAUCUUUUUUUCCACCCCCCCCCCCCCUCCCCCCCAUCUUGUUUUCUAAAAACCCAGAUUCCGCUCUUGUGUACUGUGUCGAUCUCACCAAGCCAACGUAUGCACAUAUUUCGAAAAACGCGUCGAUAAGCCAUUGUACUAAAAAUCAGUGUGUCGAAAGCCCUUCCCUUCGCCAUUUUCAUCCCUCAGACUGUUGAUCCGCCGUGUACAGAUUUUUCCGUGCCAAAUUUGUGUGAUCAUUUCAUUCCCCCCCAGACCAUGCUGUAAGGAUCCUCUUUUUUUCGGUUAAGUUCAACGCCAUCCUUUUGCUGUGACGUUACAUAGAUUGCUAUGUAUGUAGUAUAAAUGUUGCUAUAACAAAUGUGUUUGGUAGCAAAUUGUCAAAUAUUACAAAUUUAAACCUAAUAAAAAUAAAAAAAAUAAAAAAAGACGGGCAUCAUACUGUAUAAAACCCACACGGGCCAAAUUCUGUAUAUUAGGAGGUUCAUAAAAAAACUAUUAAAUACAAAAAAAAAACAAAAAACAAACUGCCACUUUUAAGUACACUACUACAUAUAGGUAGG